CAAACCCCAAUAUUGACAGCCCAAAUCCGUGGGGCUCUGCUUGUCUUUUUUCCGCCUUCGUUUUUUGCAGUCAAUUCUUUCGGAAGCAUCGCGAAGAACCGCCCAUCUCCCCCCUCAACUAAUCCGGCUCCCCUUCCAGCGGAAAGUCAGUCAAGAUGACCACACCGGCACUUAACAAGAUUGCGGCGAACAGCCCGUCGCGUCAGAACCCCUCGGAGCUGGAGACCAGCAUCGCUGGCGCCCUUUACGACCUCGAGACCAACACUGCCGACCUGAAGUCUGCUCUGCGCCCUCUGCAGCUCGUCUCUGCCCGUGAGAUCGAGGUUGGCAACGGCAAGAAGGCUAUUGCCAUCUUUGUCCCCGUCCCUUCCCUGCAGGGCUUUCACCGUGUCCAGCAACGCCUCACCCGUGAGCUGGAGAAGAAGUUCUCGGACCGCCACGUCCUGAUCCUGGCCUCGCGCCGCAUCCUGCCCCGUCCCAAGCGCUCCAACCGCUCGCGCAACACCCAGACCCAGAAGCGCCCCCGCUCGCGCACCCUGACUGCCGUCCACGAUGCCAUCCUGACCGACCUCGUCUACCCCGUCGAGAUCGUCGGCAAGCGUCUCCGCACCAAGGAGGACAACAGCAAGGUCCUCAAGGUCAUCCUGGACGAGAAGGAGCGCGGCGGCGUCGACUACCGCCUUGACACCUACUCCGAGGUCUACCGCCGCCUCACCGGGCGUGUUGUCGUUUUCGAGUUCCCCCAGGCCGGCGCUACCGACUACUAGGCGACGCUGUCUGUCUGGGUUGGGGUAGCAUCUCUGGUCUUUUUUUUUAUGAGGGGAUCCUUAUCGUCACGGGGCGGGGUUCCACGGGAUGUGGACGGGACUGCUCUUUUACCUCGGCUCUUUUGCCUCCUGAAUUGCAUUGAGUUCGGGGUACCGCUAAAAAGGGAAUCGGCGUCUAGUUUAGCUUGUCACUAAAAUACAAGCUGGGUGUUUUCAUGAUACCUUUUCGGGUUUGGGAAUUCAAAAAAUAACAAAUUCAACAAAACCGAUGGGGGGUAUCUUGUCAACCGUGCUAUUACAUGUGCCAUA